UCCUAACGAGAUGUCUGGAUCGGUAUCCACGCACAGUAGAUGUGUUGAACUGGCCGGCCGGGGUCGAGGAAGAGACUCGAGUCAGGGGGGAGUGGCGGAAGAGGGGACCGGACCGGACUGCGAUCGCCGAUGUGAAACAGCUUGCAUAGAUUUCUGGCGAAGACCAUCAAUGUCUCUCAGCUCAAUUCUGCGGGAAAUCACUGGGUGAGCGAGCGCGUAUAAAAGUAAACAACCUGCCUCUCACCACCGGGUUGAUCGUUGUAAUAAUAAUUAUGUGUCCAGAUCGAGAAGGGAGGAGCGGGGAGGAUCACUGAAACUGCACCGCCUCGAGUGCCCGAGUAUUACCCGCUUUGAUGACCAGUGAUGUGAACACAGCGUGCAGCCUCCGCCGCCUAGCCGUGCCCGCCGUUGCAGGGAACGACUUUGAAAUUGUCAACAGAUGAUUUACAAAACAUUUCCAGUGCGGGGUUUCUGCAAAAAAAAGGGAUAGAACUUGAGACAAAUGUUUCCGCUGGAACUGUGGGGGAAGCAGCCGUUUUAACCUGCAGAUCUGAACCCAUGCAGUGAUGGUAGACACAAAAAGCUGGAGUAACUCAGCGGGACAGGCAGCGUCUCUGGAGAGAAGGUUAGGAAUGGGUGACGUUUCGGGUCGAGACCCUUCUUCAGACUGUCAGGGGAGAGGGAGACUCAUGAGGUAUGAAAGGGUUAGGUGUGAAGACCAGAGAACAAAGGGGACGUUGAUCAAGGAAAAAAAUGUAGAAUGAUCAUUGUUAGCUCGGGUAAGCUGAAAACGGGGCAUACAGAGAUAAUAUUUAAACAGGGAGACACUCAAAGAACUAAGAUGGGAGAGGGAUGGAGAGAGAGGGAAAGCAAGGGUUACUUCAAGUUGGAGAAGUCAAUAUUCAUACCGCUGGGUUGUAAGCUGUCCAAGCGAAAUGUGAGGUGCUGUUCCUCCAGUUUGCGUUGGCCCCACAGUGGGACGAGUUAGUGCGGCGCUCAGGGGACCACAGUGUACAUCGUCCUCAUUCCUCAUCCCCAUAAAUAUCAUGCUAAAGUUGCUUUUAUUUUUCCCGAAGUGCUGACUGCCAUUCGGCAGCGAGGGGGUUAACGCAGCCGGGACGUUGCAUUGUGAAGCAUCUCCUGUCUAUGAAUUAAUCAUUGCCUACUUCCAGCCGAUUGGCGAGAGAGCUCCCUGCCCUUUUUCACAAUUGGCUGUUGCCCUCGUUACUCAUUUGGCUGACACUCGGGAGCUAGGUUAGAAUGAGAUCUACAAAGUGAAGGAGGGGUUGUGUCUUCUCGCGGCUCUGCUCUGCGCUUCGCUGGGGGAGGAGUGGAGGGGAUGCUGGAUUGGUAUGGAAACGGGUGAAGCCACACCGUGAAUUCAACUGGAUGCGAUUUUGCCUGUCCCGCGGGGUAGCACUAGCGAAGCUCCAAGUUGCACCGGCGCUGCCCGGAGCCUCGCACAGUGCAUUGGAGGAAGGGGAGGAGGAGGAGAGAGAGAGAGAGGGAGAGAGAGAGAUAGAGAGAGUUCAAACUAUGGGGAGCGAGUGUAAGGUGCAGCGGCGGAGAUUGGUAACACGCUGAGCACAUCUGAAUCCACGGACACCAUGCAUUCGCCUUCCAGUCAUGGACACCGGUCACUCUCAAUCGCGAGGGAAGCCGGCUGCGUGAGUCCGUGGGCGUAUGUUGCCAUCUCACUGAGUGUGAUAGAGAGAAGGCGGACAGGUCGCUCGCCCAUCCACGCUCACUGCAAUGCCAGUCAUUAAAGUUGAUGGAAUACAAAAAAAAAGGGAUUUCCAUUUUUUUUGCUGUUAUUUUCUUCUCAGAUGGAGCUCACAUGGUUUAAAAUGCAGAUAGACUCCGGCAUCGUGUGCCCGUCUUCGGUGUAAACCAGCAUCUACAGUUAUUUUCCUGCACUGGUUUUACAAUGAAGCCUGUUUGUGGGGGGAAAAAGUUCUGAAGAAUGACAGGGUUGUCGCCGCCUGUUUGAGAGCCGCCUUGAUUUGCAUUUUGGGAUUUGGACCCUGUGUGUAGCCGGCGGGCUGGAUGUGGGAAAGUGGCGUUGGGUUUUGCUUGGAGGACGUUGCAGCUAUCGGAGUGAGGCCCUGGGGAGACAUGGCCCCAGAGGGUCCCCGAGAAAGCAGAGACACCACCACCACCAACCCGCAGAGGGGCAAGGGGAAGGGCAGGCAUCCGAGCGUCAACGAGAUAACUCAGACGUUUGUGAAGAGGGUGAAGAUACACGGGAUUAAGUACAUCUGCUCGCAACACUACUCCCUGCACCGCCGAGCCGUCUGGUUCUUGGCUUUUUGUACCUCGCUGGGGUUCCUCAUCUCCUGGUCGUCCAACCGGUUCCUCUACCUGCUGUCCUUCCCGUCCCACACCCGCUUCCACAUGGACUGGAGCAAGGAGCUCAACUUCCCCGCCCUCACCAUCUGCAACAACAACCCCGUCCGCUUCUACCAGCUGACCAAAAGUGACCUGUACUACGCGGGCCAGUGGUUGGGACUGCUGAACGAGAACCGCACAGCACGGCCCCUGGUUAUUGAACUCCUCAAGGAAGACAGGCAGCAGUGGUUCCACAGACUCUCCGACUUUCGUCUCUUUCUGCCGCCCCGUAGUUUUGAGGGCAUCAGCCUGAAUUUCAUGGACCGCUUGGGCCACCAGUUGGAUGAUAUGCUUCUCUCUUGCAGAUACCGAGGGGACAUAUGUGGGCCACAGAAUUUUACCUCAGUUUUUACCAGAUAUGGAAAGUGCUACAUGUUUAACUCAGGGAGUGAUGACAAGCCUCUGCUGACCACUGUGCAAGGCGGUACUGGCAAUGGACUAGAGAUUAUGUUGGACAUUCAGCAAGAUGACUACCUACCAGUGUGGGGUGAAGCAGAAGACACAACGUUUGAGGCAGGGAUAAGAGUACAGCUGCACACUCAGUCCGAGCCACCAUUUGUACAUGAGCUGGGAUUUGGAGUUGCACCAGGAUUCCAGACAUUUGUUUCCACUCAAGAACAAAGGCUGAUAUACCUGCCGCCGCCCUGGGGAGACUGCCAAUCUGCAGCUGUCAACACAGACUUCUUCUCCAGCUACAGUAUCACGGCCUGCAGGAUCGACUGUGAAACCAGGUACCUGGUGGAGAACUGCAACUGUCGGAUGGUACACAUGCCGGGUGAUGCCCACUAUUGCACCCCAGAGCAAUACAAGGAGUGUGUGGAGCCUACCUUGGCAAUGUUGGCAGAGACCAACAAUAACUGUCUUUGCAAAACGCCGUGCUAUCUAACUCGAUACAACAAGGAGCUGUCCAUGGUGAAGAUUCCCAGUCGAACCUCUGCAAAAUAUCUUGAAAAGAAAUUUAACAAGACAGAAAAAUACAUCUCGGAGAAUAUUUUAGUGUUGGACGUUUUCUUCGAAGCCCUGAACUAUGAAACUAUUGAACAGAAGAGAGCGUAUGAGGUUGCAGGCUUACUCGGUGACAUUGGUGGCCAGAUGGGGUUAUUUAUUGGUGCUAGCAUUUUAACGAUACUAGAGCUCUUUGAUUACUUGUACGAGGUUAUAAAAGACAGAAUAAUGGACAUGAUUAGUUUCAAGAAAGGAGAGGAAGAGGCCAGUCACGAUGACAAUGUGGUGACGCUUUCUGUGAAUCUGGACGAGCCUCUCAAACAGGACACAAGCUCUUCCCAGCUGAACUAAAUGUGCCAUGUGUCUGCCAGACUCGAAGAAAACUGUGUCGUUAUUACACACAUAACAGAUUCUGUUGAAAGCCUAAUGAAUGCUUUAUUGGCAAGAUGAAGACUUGUAAGAUAUUCCUCGUAAGAUAAGCUGUGAAACUUUCCAGGCAAGAAGAGGCUUCCUUUCAGAUUUGGAAAGCACAUAAAGAAUUCCUUCUUGUCUGGAGGGCAUUGUACCCAGUCGGCCGUCUUGGCAUUUAGUCAUUCAAUGCCUCACGUGCUCCAAAAAUGGCAGUGGUUAAUUAAGAAAACAGUGUGUGUGUUUUUUCAACAACAAAACCAAAACCCCGAGUAGAUGUGCUUAUGAUGGAGGUAAUUGCUGGUAACGUCACUUCUUGGUUUCUUUCCUUCACAUGUGAGCUUGUGUCACUUUGUUUUGCAUUACGUAGCGUGCACCCACAAUAGACAUCCCCUAGGUUAGUCAUGGUGGUAGCCAACAGCAAUGGAAUUUAGGCCAGCUUUGCCCAUGCAGUGUCAAAUCUUGUCCAGCUUCACCAUACGUGCUCAUCACUUUAUUCUUUACACCGUCACCCUUCAGUUCUGCAGGUAAUAUUCACGGGAAAUGGACACUAGAACUGAAAAUAGAUACAAGAAGCAGGAGCAACUCAGCGGGUCGGACAGCAUCUCUGGAGAAAAGGAACAGGUGGUGUUUCGGGUGUAAACCAGCAUCUAUGUCUAUCUUUGGUUUAAACCAGCAUCUGCAGUUCCUUCCUACGCCAGGUUCAAUUUCGAUUUCAAUUCAGAUGUCCCAUUCCUACUGGUUCACUUCCGUGACUGAGAAAUAUCCAUUUUAACAACAUUUACUAAUACAGAGCAAUUAGUCCUUUGUCCCCCCCC